AUGGGUGCCUGGAAUUAUAGCAAAGCACAAUUUUAUCACGUUUAUGACGUUAUUUUUGUAAAAAAAAGUCAGAAAGAAUUGAAGAAUAUAGGAAAAAAAUUUAUGAGGCGGACUAUAGCACUAAAAGCAUUCUUGGAAGAAAAAAUGAAAGAAGAGGAGCAACCAGAUUAUGAAGUUGAUUACUUGGAUGAAAUGCCAGCUAAAGAACGAUAUAAGGAAUGGAUGGACGUAUAUAAUAAUGCGAAUGAUGAAAUAGAUCAAGCUCAAGAAAAUGAGGAAGACCAAAAUGAUACACGAAAAGAUUUGUCGAACAUGUUAGUUAAAUAUAGUGAUGAAAUUAAUCAAGCAGAUUCUUACAAAAAUUGGCUGUCAAAUUUGCAUUAUAAUAAAUUCAAUGAAAUAUUCAAAAUGAAGCAAAAGAUUGGGGAAAUUAAUUUUUUGAGAGAGCUGGCAUUGAGUGAGUUUAUUGUUAAUUAA